UAAAGAGCGUGGAGGGGGGAGUGAUGCCGGCGGUGAGCGUGGCACAGCGCCCUCCAGGUGGAAUCCCACUCCACGCCGGCGUGCCGGUAGCGCCCAACAGCGUAACCGCCCCCGGUCCGUCGGGCCGGUGCCUCGGGGGCCCGGCAGCGCCCCCCGCCGGCUCGCCACCGCUGCCGCCGUCCUUGCAAUCCCUUGGCGGCGGCGUCGUCACUAACAGCAACAUCAACCCCAAUAGCAUCAACCACAUCGGCAGCAAUAACAACAACGCGCUUGGUGGCGGCAACCCCGUCAACAACAAUCACCAUCUCGGCAACAACGCCUUAGGUAUCAACACGGCGAGCGGCGCCACGAAUCCUCUCCAGGCGAUGGCGUCGGCGGCGGCAUCGCUCACGCAGCUCAACAAUAUGGCGAACGGCCCGUUGCCUCCACUCGCGGGCACAGGCCCGGCCGGACCACCGAGUCUGCCGCCGCCGCAGCCGGCGACGACGCCGACGCACGGCGGACCGCCGACCCCGCAUGGCGGGGUCAGCGCGGCGCCCCAUUUGAACGGCGCUUCGCCGAGUCCCCAUCCGAUGCCGCCCCACGGAAUGAUGAGCGGUUCGCCUCACACGCCUCACCCGCACAUGGGGGGCGGUGGGCCCUCGCCCCAUCCCCAUCACCCGGGGCCCCACAUGGUCGGCUCGCCGCAUCACCCAGCGGCGCCCCAUCCGAUGGGCCCGGCCGGCAUGAUGGGGCCGGCCGGUAUGCAGCCCCAAGGCGCGCCCGGUAUGUGCGGUCCCGGACCCAGCGGUCCGAUGGGUCCGCACGCGCAUCCACAAGGACCAGGGGUACCUGGACAACCGCAUUUGCACAACGACCCAUUUUUCAACUGCCAGCCUUUUCCGUCGCACUACUACAACAGAUCGUUGCCUGUCCCCAGGAGGCAUACUCCAGCCUAUGGCUACACCCAACAACCGGACUUCAGGCUUCACGAGCUGAACAAGAGGUUAUCGCAGCGCACGGAGGAUAGUGACAACACCUGGUGGGAGUCCUUCGCGGGCGAAUUCUUCGAAGAAGACGCCACCCUCACCCUCCAUGUCUGUUUAGAAGAUGGACCGAAGAGAUAUUCGAUAGGAAGGACGUUAAUACCCAGGUACUUCCGUUCGAUAUUCGAUGGUGGAGUGACGGAACUUUACUAUACUUUGAGGAAUCAGAAGGAAUCGUUUCACAACACUAGCAUAACGCUGGACUGUGAUCAGUGCACAAUGGUAACGCAGUAUGGAAAGCCGAUGUACACUAAGGUGUUAACGGAGGGUAGGUUAAUAUUGGAGUUCACCUUCGACGAUCUCAUGAGGAUAAAGUCGUGGCAUAUGUCGGUGAGGACGCAUCGGGAGCUGGUACCGAGGAGCGUUGUCAGUAUGCAGCAGGAUCCGACGAUGCUUGAGCAGAUUAGCAAAAACAUCACCAGGCAGGGCAUGUCCAACUUCACUCUCAACUACCUUAGAUUAUGCGUGAUUUUGGAACCAAUGCAAGAACUGAUGUCGAGGCACAAGGCGUAUGCGUUAUCACCCCGCGAUUGUCUGAAGACUACCUUGUUCCAGAAAUGGCAGAGGAUAGUUGCCCCGCCGGGUAAGAGAGAGUCUCAGCGACCGGCCAGCAAAAGAAGAAAGCGGAAGGGCAGCACAUCCGGACCAGGCAACAAUGCACCUCCUGCGCCUAGCAAGAAACGAUCACCAGGGCCAAAUUUUUCUCUAGCAUCGCAGGAUGUGAUGGUCGUGGGUGAACCUUCUUUAAUGGGCGGUGAAUUUGGGGACGAGGACGAGCGGUUAAUUACAAGGUUGGAAAAUACGCAGUACGAUGGCACAAAUAAUCUAGAUCCUCAUAGUCAUGAUGCAUCCGGUGGACCACCGCCACAUCCUCAUCAGUUCCACUCGGAACCAACACCGGGUAAUUCCUGGCCGCCAGAUCGUGGUCCUGGUCCACCACAGGGAGGUCCUGGCAAUCAGGGAGUCCAAGGUGGUCAAGCGGGCGCGGCUGCAGGUGUACAGGGAACGCAGGACGCCAGUCAACAGCAGCAAGACAAGAAGAGCCCCGCGCGGGGCGAGAAUCCUAGCCUCCCCACUGCCGCCGCCUAUUUGGCCUCCGCGGCCGGCUCUAUGACUGGCAGGUUGUCGUCGCACGUCGGCAUGCUUCCGACGCUGGCCUGCCAGCCCGGCUUGCCAGCAGCAGCACCACCGGGCCAUCAUCAUCCGGAGCAGCAUCCGCAGUUGGGUCACGUGGCCGCCGCCGCCGCCGCCGCCGCCGCUGCCGCCGCCUCGAUGGGCAUGGAGUCCUCGGAACUGAUGGCGGUGGCUCAUUACCAGGCGCAACAGCUGCAACGGCAGUUGUUGGCCGAGCAGUCAGGUCCAGGUACCACGAUGCUGCCGCCUACGUCUGCUCAGCCUACUGGUGGAGGCUUGAUGCAGUCGCAGGGACUCCAAGGGCAGCAGCCGGGCCAACUUCAUCCAGGCCAGGACCCGUUACAGAGCUUAGUGCAGCAAUUACUCUGUCUACAACAGAUAGAGUAUUUCCUCGCGCAGCGCGGUCACAAAUGAUUACACUUUAAUAUCAUAACCAUAAUAGGGAUUAUUUCGUGCGGGAGAAUGAAAUGAUCGGACCAGAUAACAACGUUUGGGACUCGAUGCGAGCAGAAAACGUGUUUGUGCCGGUGCAAAAGUGUUCUGAUUCGCCGAUAGGUAAAUUUCGCGCUAAAUCAUUGUAUGACCCGCUGACGUUGAUAAUGCUGCGAUGCUGUCGAAAAUGAAGACGAGGAUGGAUAAUACAUGGCGGCAUCUGUUCGAGUUCGUAUGGUUUUUCUAAUUCUCGAACGGAGGGGAGGUAGCGCGGUGUCUACGAAUUCACCACGACGAUAUGCGGGAAGAUUGCGGACAAACUGAAUGACGGAAGCGGCAGAUAGGAAAGAAGAAGAACCAGCAGUUGUACCCGUUUAUUCGUGGAUCGCUCUAUCGCUACAGGGCACCGUGCGGACGGACGGCUAUCUCUGAAGUAGAGGAGAUCAAGUGUUUUUAGCGUGUGAUAAAAACUUUAUGUCAAAAAUUAUGUUAAUAAUGAAAAGUAGAACGAUGUGACUAAAGGGGAAGUAAAGAAUCACUUACGGAUGAAGAAGAUGAAGAAGUGAGAAAAAAGAAUGUUAAUGCCACGCGCGUCAGAGACGAUUGUCCGCUCUGGUGCGAUCUGUGAAUGAAUCUCUAUCCGUCAACAGUAUUGAUAUAAUUAAUAAAGUAAAUAAAUAUAUAUAAAAUAUUGUAAGAACUAUAUCGUAAGUACGUAUUUGUGCAAACGUCAGUGUGCAAGUUAGAUAGAAUGAGUGGUGUGAUAAUAGUUCGGGGUAUAUGAGAAAGAGAGAAAACGAAAAUGAAUGUAGAGGAUGUGAGUGAGUAAAUGGAAACAGAGAAAGAAUGAGGAAGAAAAAGCGAUAGAGUCACCUUCGACUCAAAAGAUUUUUAAGCGCGGGGACCGACCGAAUGUCAAUGCAUUGCCUCGUUGAUUGUCCCGAGGUCUCGUAGAAUUUUAUCCUUUAUUACUACUAUAUAUAAUAAUUAUUUGACGAACCACGAAAAGCGUAAGAAUAUUUUGCACUCUAAAUAUGUAAGAAAGACUUCGUUCCAAAGGUUCAACAUGGUAUAUAUAACAUAAAUGUAAAGCUUUCUCAAAAGCAAGACAAGACACGGAAUCAAUCCCCACGGUGCAGGAAAAAAAUUGUAAAAGCAUUUUUAACAUUCGUGUAAACAAGCCUCGUAUUUUAUGUUUAGAAUACAUUGCGGUACGACACGUAGCACAGCACGUACCCACGUCACACGAAUUAUAUAUGUGAAUUCUAACUUUAUAUAUCUACGUGAAUACUUUAUGUUCACUAAUCUAAUUGUGUUUUGAUCUUUUAAGAGAGAUUCUUUUCAACGGAAACAUUAGGAUUUUAUUCGAUACAUAAGUUAUGCGCGUGGUGAUUCGAUAUUUCAUGCAAUGUAUUGUCAGAUGAAAGCACAUAAAUGCACACACGCG